UUAACAGGCAAAAUUGAGAUGAAAAACUGGAUAAACAACGGAUUAUUUCUGCCUUUCGUAAAAACGUCUCAACGCCUGACGGCUCCAGCUGACCACAUUAUCGUCCUUCAUCUCAUCAUUCAAAAUUAUAUUUGCAUAAACAACAGGUACUCUGAUAAAGUGACCUUUGGCACAAACAACAACACCUUAACGUACGAGUUAUGCAAAUCACCGAUAAAUACUUGCAAUGGCCUUGCUUUUUAUUCUGGGUGGGUCCUUAUAGAACUUGUAAGUUAUCAGACAUAUGAAGUAAAUGACUUUACAAUAACUUUUAGUUAUCAACACAAGUCACAACCACCUGCUGAGCUGUCCGGAGACAGGUGGAACUGUUCGGUUAGAGACUGGCCGGACAUGUGGCAGGACACUCCCUGUAUCUUGAUGUUUGACUGUAACGACAAGGAGGCAGAAGUUGGUUGCUGGCAGGGUGAUGGCACAUUCAGACAGGGAGUGUUUCAGGUGGACGGGCGAUGCAUUGCUAUUGCGAGUGUAAAUCAAACCUCGACUUGGGACUUCGAGAACGACUGGUGCCAGGAACGUGGAGGACAACUAGUGAGUCUGAGUACGAGAAGAUUGAAAGACCGUCUGCCGACACUGAUACGAAGUCUUUAUACGCACUACAGUAUUUUCAUUGGCCUGACGACCAUGCCUCCUACAUCAUCACCAAUGUAUGAAAAAAGCUUACAGUGGCUUGAUCAAACUGUCGUUCACAUGAACGUUACAAUAUUUACUUUUGCUGUAAGAUAUUGCCUUUGUAUGAAAAUGGGUUCUAUUGGGCAACACAUUUCUUGUCCUGACCUCUUGACAGUUGAAUGUAAAAGUCUUAAAUCCAUCACGUGUCGCUUAUGCCAGCUUCCGAGUAUUCGUAGACAAGAACAGCUGCCAGUGAUUUCUACACAGCAUCCCUCUGACAUAUGGUCAAAGAUACUGAAUUGCCGUGAUACAAAGUUAGAUUAUUCAGAGAAGUACAACUAG